CCAAAAGAUAAGGAAGAAGAGAGAGAGAGGAGAAAGACAUCUCACCUCACACCACCUCCUCUCUCUCUACUUCUUCUUCAUCAUCUCUCUCUCUCUGUGUUCUGUAAUAGAAACACACAAAACCAAAUGGGUUCAAUGUCAAACCCUAACCCAUGGUCUCCUUACGACUCUUACAACGACUGCUCACAAGGAGUCUGCAACAUCUACUGCCCACAAUGGUGUUACCUAAUCUUCCCACCUCCUCCUCCUUCCUUCCUCGACGAUGAUGACUCCUCUCCUUCCACCUUCUCCCCUCUCCUCAUCGCCUUAAUCGGAAUCCUCGCCACCGCCUUCAUCCUCGUCACCUACUACACUCUCAUCUCCAAAUACCGCCGCCGCCACUCCAACUCCUCCUCCUUCGAUGUGGAAUUCACAAACUCCAAUGCGGCGGCUGGAGAUGGACUCAACGACGCGUUGAUUAAAUCAAUUAAGGUUUACAAGUACAAAAAGGGAGAUGGACACGUGGACGGUUCUGAUUGCUCGGUUUGUUUGAGUGAGUUCGAAGAGGACGAGAGCUUGAGGUUGUUACCGAAAUGUAACCACGCGUUUCACCUCCCUUGUAUCGACACGUGGUUGAGAUCUCACUCUAACUGCCCUCUCUGCCGCGCUUACGUCACUGGCAUCAAUAAUAAUAAUAAUAAUCAAAUAACCGUCGUUAACGACCAAUCUAACGCCGUUCAUCCAAUCGCGACGGAAUCUGUUAACUCAACCGUCGCUGGCUACAAUCACCAAACGGAAGAUUCCGUUAUCGUCGUUGAAGAUCUGGAGAUCGGAUUGCGAUCGCAACCGCCGGAGGAGGAAGGAGACGCGACGGCGAAGGAUGAGGAAGAUCCUCCACCGCCGCCGCGGAUUCGGAGAUCGGUGUCGUUGAUCGGCGAUGUACUGCGGGAGAUUGAAGACGAGGAGGGAGAGGAAGUAUCUGCUGGAGUCGGGACUUCACAGCAGCGGCGGAGAGAGGGAGAUGGAGAUGGAGAUGGAGAAGGGAAAACGCCGCCGUUGACGGCGGCGAAGAGUUCAGUGGCGAUGAAGAGAUCGGUGUCGACGGGAAGAUUUAACUUCUCGAGGUACGAUCGAACUAGAAAUUACAGUUUACCCAAUUAAUUCAUUAUUGAGCUUUUUUUUUUUACUGUAUUUAGCAAUUUACUGAUAAUCAAUCAUACACUUCAGUUACAAGAUCUCUUUAGUGAUUAUUUUACUUUUUUUUAAAUGCUGGAAAGUUAAAGUGAUUGGUACUUUAAGUACUUCUGUUCCCUCCUAAAUUUAUGGAACGUACAAUACAAGUUAUAAAGCAAUG